ACAUCGCAGCACAUUCCUGGGUAGUCCUCAGCUGCCAGCAUCUGAUUAAAACCAUAUCUCUCGCUGUGAGUGGCUAACUAAUCUCCAAGCGAGGGUACAACAGAAUAUUUAACCGGGCCUCCCAGUGCCCGCCAGGCUCCCGGCUGCAGCCACCAGAUCAUGCACGCAGCGGCACGGAUCUAGCCUCAAACAUAGCUGGCCAUCACCUCAUCAUGUCUACUGAAGAUGAAACUAGUACUAUCAACAUCCCACCUGAGCAACACACUCCACCAAAAGCACAAAAUUCAAAGAAAGAAAAAAAGAAAGGACCCGAAAAGACUUAUGAAUCUCUCUUGGGCAGAUUCAAAGGUGAUGGUGUAAGAUACAAAGCUAAACUGAUUGGCAUUGAUGAUGUACCAGAGGCAAGAGGAGACAAAAUGAGUCAGGAUUCGAUGAUGAAACUGAAGGGAAUGGCAGUGGCAGCUCGUUCCCAGGGUCAUCACAAACAGAAGAUCUGGGUGAACAUCUCCCUCUCUGGUAUCAAGAUAGUAGAUGAGAAAACUGGGGUCAUAGAGCAUGAACAUUCAGUAAACAAAAUCUCCUUUAUUGCUCGGGAUGUAACAGACAAUCGUGCUUUUGGCUAUAUAUGUGGAGGAGAAGGCCAGCACCAAUUUUUCGCUAUAAAAACAGCACAACAGGCUGAGCCUCUAGUUGUUGAUCUUAAGGACCUUUUUCAACUAAUAUAUAAUAUGAAGAAGAAGGAAGAAGAUGACAAGAAAAAGUGUGAAGAAGCAAGUAAGACUGAGGAAGGUAGUGAAGCACUACCUGCUGAUGAAGCUGACAAAAUGAAACUGGGAGUUGACCAGAUGGAGUUGUUUGGGGAUAUGUCGACACCUCCUGAUAUGAGCAGUCCCACAGAAGCUAAAGAGAUCCUGUUAGUGGAUCUAAAUUCUGAAAUUGAGACCAAACAGACUUUUGUAAAAGAGGACCUCUUCUCGAAUGACAUCGCAACCUCUCUUCCACAACCAAAGCUGCAGACACCCUUCUUGUCUGAGGGUUCUUUCUCUGCCAGUCUCACCUUCUUUCCCACACCUAAUCCAGACCCCUUCCGUGAUGAUCCUUUUGCACAGCCAGAGCAAUCAUCAACACCUUCAUUUGAUUCUCUGAAAUCUGCUGAUCAGAAGAAGGAAACUCUGAGUACCUUGGCAUCGGUGGGUAAUGGUACUUCAAAUGGUGAUAUUGACUACUUUGGUAAACAGUUUGACCAGAUUUCUAAUAGAACUGGCAAACAAGAAGUACUGACAAGCCAGUGGCCACUUGAGAGUAAGUCUCCUGCAGCAAGAACGCUAAAUGGGGUACCCGAGAGAGAACAGAAUGGCUUUCUUAAAGGCCCAUCAAACCUGUUUGUGGAAGGUCCUUCCAAAGAAGUAUCUCUGCAGAAUGGAGUAAAGCUGGAUUCUGAAAGCAAUUUCCAGCUCAUGCCACAUGAGUCUAUAACAAUUAGCCCACCACCACAAAGUACCAAGCCAGGAAGAGGAAGGAGGUCUGUCAAGACUGCAUCAAAUGAUUUAUUUAGCUCAGACUUCUUUGUGCCGACUGCAGAGAACCUUAGCUUGACCCCAGUGUCACAAACUGGAUCUGUGUCUUCUAGUCCACUGGACCUCUUCAAAACAAAUCCUACCGUAGCACCUCCAUUGGCUGGUCUAGGUGGCUUGUCAAUAACUUCAUCACCAUGGAGUGUACAGACACCUGUCUUCACUCAGGCAGCAUCAGUCUUUCCUGGGUCUAUGAUGCCUGCUCAGCCUACAGGAUUUACUCAACCACUUGCCUUUGGCACUCAAGCAGCUCCAAGCUGGAACCAGCCUCCAUCUUUUACUCCAGCAGUUACUCAGUCCUCUGGUCUCUGGGCACAGCCAGCACAAGUUCCAUCUAGUCCAUGGGCACAGCCACCCAGUGCUGGAAAUCCCUUCCAGAGUAGUGUGUUCCCAUCUUCAAUGCUGCCUGCUCAGACACCAUCUGUACUGCCCUCUGUGUCAACAACAGCUAGCCCACCUCAGCCACCACCUAGAACUGUACCUCAGAAAGAGCUCUCCAAGAAAGAGAGUGAUGCUUUUAUUGCUUUGGAUCCACUUGGUGAUAAAGAGAUGAAGGAUGUCAAGGAAAUGUUCAAAGACUUCCAGCUGACAAAGCCACCUGCAGUACCAGCAAGAAGAGGAGAGCAGCAAAGCAUUUCAGAACCGCCAAAGCCUGUUCCCCGAAAAAGUGUUUUGCCAGCUGAUAGUCUGUUUGAAAGUGAGGCAGACAAUUCCAAUGACUCAUCUAAGGAAUCUCAGAAGCCACCUUAUGAUCCUUUUGGUGAUCCUUUUGGCAACCCAUUUGCAUAGAUCAGGCAUAACCGGACAAGGACAACAAGAAUAACUGGACCUCGUCUCAACGUGAUUUUUCUGCAUGUUUCACUUUGCUGUCUGCCCACUCUUGUUGCUGUUCUGUGAUGUUUGUGAUCUAAAACAUAUCCAGACAGAUUUAAAUAUGAACCCUCAACAUGAUGUGAAGAUAAUUCAGGGCAAAGCGAGUAGUCCAAUAGCAUUGGACUUAUGAUGGAGACCCAAAUUCAAACUGGUGGAUGUUAACUUUACUUUAGUUCUUUGCAAGAAUGGAUUAGCAACACCAUGUCAUGCAUCUUGUAAACACAGUCAGCACAAUUUCACUUUGUGUAGCACUUGGCUGUCCUAAAAUACAGGAACUCAAUGUACCUGGGGAAGAAGUGUUACCUUCACAUAAGGGAAAUGAAUUAGUAGCUGAAACUCCACACCUUAAACAACUAGGUCAGUUGCCUGUUAUCAAAACAGCAGCCAGUUGUAAAGUUAAGUGGACACUACUCAGUUCUAAUUGGUGACUGAAGAUAUUACUCGAUGUCUGAGCCACAAAGAUGUAAAUUGUGAUAAGGAGAAAAAAAUUAUAAUAAUCCAAUACUUGUCUAUUUAACUAAGGUAAAAGUAUCAUUCUGCCAUAAAUGUGUAAUAACUGGAGUCUGUAAUGGAACUGCUGGAGUCCUGAGUACUAGAGAUCUACACUAUAGGGUCUGAAACUGAAACACUUCCUGCAGAACAUUGAGGUAGUCAUGGACACUAACUGUUGUCUUGGUGCUCAUAGGGCUUUUUUUUCCAGGGAGGGAAACCUACCAGGAUUAUUUUGCUGUUAGGGUGGCUUGGCAGAUAAAGUGGAACAAGCAGAUAAGUUUCUUGCAUAUAUCUCAGUAAAUAUCACUGAUGUUGCCCAGUUUGAGUUGUCACAUGGUGUACUGUGGCAUGUUUCCAGCAUGCUAUAAAAAAAAAUGACAAUCAUGGCUUCACUCCAUGCCUAGAUUUCUUGAAGGGGAUAUAACACCUCUGUGCCAUUAAUGUGAGACAAUCUUGAAAACUGUGCCUUUUUUAAAAGAACCUCUUUACUAACAGAUCUUUAAAUCAGUUGGUUAUACCUGACUGUAACAGCUACAUUCUUGGCCAGUGGUGAUGACUGAUGUGCCAGAGGUUUUUCUAUUAAUACUAAGUAUAAACUUGAAGUAGUAUCGUUAAAUCAAAUGUCUAAGCAAUUGCUGAACUGGAGAGCUAAGAAAGUCAACUUGAAAUCAGCUUUAGUACCCAAUUCAGCCAGUAAUGCAAUUAGUUUUGUAUAUAAACCUCUUGCACUUUCUGUAAUUCAAAAAAAGCUAUGAAUUUAAAUAUUUGUCUCAAACUGGAAAUGUAGAAACUUAUGGAUGUUAUAUGAACUGUAGUAUCUCAAGUGAUGUUUCCUAAUGACAUUAAACAGAAGCAACUCUUCAUGCCAAA